AUGUUGGAUGAGCAAUGGCCGGAUAGGAAACACCCGGGUGAGAAACACCCGGGUGAGAAACACCCGGGUGAGAAACACCCGGGUGAGAAACACCCAGAUGGGAAACACCCGGAUGAGAAACACCCGGAUGAGAAACACAUGAAUGAGAAACACCCGGAUGAGAAACACCCGGAUGAGAAACACCCGGAUGAGAAACACAUGAAUGAGAAACACCCGGAUGAGAAACACAUGAAUGAGAAACACCCGGAUGAGAAACACCCUAAUGAGAAACACCCGGAUGAGAAACACCCGGAUGAGAAACACAUGAAUGAGAAACACCCGGAUGAGAAACACAUGAAUGAGAAACACCCGGAUGAGAAACACCCGGAUGAGAAACACCCUAACGAGAAACACCCUAACGAGAAACACCCGGAUGAGAAACAUCCGGAUGAGAAACACCCGGAUGAGAAACACAUGAAUGAGAAACACCCGGAUGAGAAACACCCGGAUGAGAAACACCCUAAUGAGAAACAUCCGGAUGAGAAACACCCGGAUGAGAAACACCCGGAUGGGAAACACCUGGAUGAGAAACACCCGGAUGAGAAACACCUGGAUGAGAAACACCCGGAUGAGAAACAUCCAGAUGAGAAACACCCGGAUGAGAAACAUCCAGAUGAGAAACACCCGGAUGAGAAACAUCCAGAUGAGAAACACCUGGAUGAGAAACACCCGGAUGAGAAACAUCCAGAUGAGAAACACCCGGAUGAGAAACACCCGGAGGAGAAACACCCGGAGGAGAAACACCCGGAUGAGAAACACCCGGAUGAGAAACACCCGGAUGAGAAACACCCGGAGGAGAAACACCCGGAUGAGAAACACCCGGAUGAGAAACACCCGGAUGAGAAACACCCGGAUGAGAAACACCCGGAGGAGAAACACCCGGAGGAGAAACACCCGGAUGAGAAACACCCGGAUGAGAAACACCCGGAUGAGAAACACCCGGAGGUCAAAACGACUCCCCCGCAUCCCGUCUCGUAA